GAAGGAAGGGGAAAAAAGAAACAAUGCCUUUCCCCCUCUUCCUCCUCACCCAUCCUUUGAAGUUUAUCUCAGAGGCCACAGAUUUUUUUUUUUGUGUGUGUGCAAAUGGUGAUUUUAUUAAAGCAAGGGAACAGGACCUUGUGGAGAAAAAGCUGCUUCCAGAGUCCACAUAUUUUAUAAAAUGUUUUGAUUUGCCUUUCCUACAGACCAGAAGAACUCCCUUCUCCAUGUGAUUUUUGUAUGUCAAAACUGUUUGCUGUUCUUCCUGUCCAGCAUCCAUUCCCUCACCUUCUGUGGUCAUACAGGAACAGUUUUGAGGAAACUACCUCUCCCUUCCCUCCUCUCCCAGCUCAGUAGGUUCCAGCUGGUCUUCAGGAAUGGCCAACUGACCCAGGUCUGGUUGACUGGCACAGAGAAUCCCCCCCAGCAUAGUGACUGGUUCAGGUCAGGCCACCCCUCUGGCUACAAAGGUUGGAUAAAGGAUCCCAGAUGGCCCAUAGUAAAUCCAAGACCUGUAUAGGAGGUUCAGGAAGCAGAUGCUGUCUUUUCCCCUGAAAAGAUAUAGACCCAGAAUUUUUGGCAAUGAUGUUGUGCUGUGGAGGGUGAAGGCAACAUGGAGCCAAGUAGAACUAGAGGAAGGGAAAAGACCCGAUCCUCGUGACACGGAAUGCCUGGGUCAAGCCACCUCUAUCCUGACCUUGGGACAUUUUAGUUCCUUAAGACAAUUAAUUUCCCCUUUGUGGAAGUAAUUUAAGUCAGGUUGUGUAGAACACUGAGCAAUUUGCCACAGCAGAGCAAUUGUAACAUCUCUAAAGCUAAAGGUGAGUAUUUCUCUGGCUCUGGCCCAUCUGCUAGGAAGGAGCUUCACUACUGUCUGGCAAGUUCUCUCCAGGAAGUUCUGGAGCCCCCAGAAGACUCCCCAGUGUGGCCAGCAAGCUAAUACUCUGCCAUUUCCUUCUCUCUUACUAGGCUUUGUGGAGGUGAGGAGAGCCCCCUUUUCUUCACAAACUGAGUGGUAAUCUUGGCCAUCCAGCAGCAGCUGAAAAAUAGUCAAUACUGAGGUCAAUGAUCAGCUCACCCUCUUAAGGCGAUUAAGGUCUGGGUCCAGGGAGCUGAGGUCACCUGUGCUCCUAUCCAAAGACACAAGGCGCUGCACCUGCGUCUUUAUCUUCAUAGGUCCACUUAAGGGGCACUUGUUUAAGCCCGCACUAUGCUGGGCAUUUUACACCUAUUCUCGUAUGUAAUCCUCAUAGCAACCUGAAGGAAGGAGAUAAUCACUAUAUCCCCCGUUGAACCGGUGAGAAAAACUGAAGCUCAGAAAGUUCAGUGAUUGGGUCGAGGCUCCAAGGUUAGUAAGUGACAGAACGGGAUUACAAGACGUGCUUAAGCGCUGCCCCACUAAUUGGGUGGAUGUGCACGCAGCCGUGCAUGGGGAACUUAAAGCGGGAGGGGGUCGAAGAAGAGACAUUUGGGAUUGCAGGAAGUGAUAUGAUCACUUCGGAAGCUGCUUAGGGGCGCAACUGGGCGCGGUCCCAGGGCCCUGCCAGAACCACAGUGUGCCACGCGGCUAUUCCUGCGGCCAAGGGAUUUUCCGCGUGCAGGGAGUGCGGCUUGCCAGGUUGGGGCGGCUGCUGGGCGGGGCUUCCCUGGGCCCGCCCCUUGCCCAGGUGAGGCGCCGGAGCCUGGGGCGCGACCGGAUGGUGCGCCUCCGCAGUGCUCGAGAGGUGUAGGGUGCCUGGCUGUCGGGUUGUCGGGCCAGGCCUGCUUGGCGCCCCAGGACUGGCCCGGCCGGCCGGGCCUCUGGCGGGGGUGGAGGAGGGUGCCGCGCCCUGCCCGGCCCAGGUGUCGUCUCCGGGGGCGGAGUUUGGGAACCGGGCUGCGGGAGCUUCCCGACCGGACGGGCGAGCGGGCGUCGAGGGACAGCGGCGAACGAGACCAGGCACGGCCAGGCGGCUCUGGGAACGCACCGAGUAGGUAAAGGCGUGGGGCCAUCAGCAUGUUCUCGCGAAACCACCGGAGCCGGGUCACCGUGGCCAGGGGCUCCGCCCUGGAGAUGGAGUUCAAACGCGGCCGCUUCCGACUCAGCCUCUUCAGCGACCCGCCCGAGGACACAGAGUUGCAGAGAAAGCUAGACCAUGAGAUCCGGAUGAGGGAAGGGGCCUGUAAGCUGCUGGCAGCCUGCUCCCAGAGAGAGCAGGCUCUGGAGGCCACCAAAAGCCUGCUGGUGUGCAACAGCCGCAUCCUGAGCUACAUGGGGGAGCUGCAGCGGCGGAAGGAGGCACAGGUGCUGAGGAAGACUGGCCGGCGGCCUUCUGAUAGUGGGCCACCUGCUGAGCGCUCCCCUUGCCGAGGCCGUGUCUGCAUCUCCGACCUCCGGAUUCCACUCAUGUGGAAGGACACAGAAUAUUUCAAGAACAAAGGCGACCUGCACCGAUGGGCUGUGUUCCUGCUGCUGCAGCUAGGGGAACACAUUCAGGACACAGAGAUGAUCCUGGUGGACAGGACCCUCACAGACAUCUCCUUUCAGAACAACGUGCUCUUCACCGAGGCAGGGCCAGAUUUUGAACUGCGACUGGAGCUGUACGGAGCCUGCUUGGAAGAGGAGGGGGCCCUGGCUGGAGCUCCCAAGAGGCUUGCCACCAAACUCAGCAGCUCCCUAGGCCGCUCCUCUGGGAGGCGUGUCCGGGCGUCACUGGAGAGUGCGUCGGGUUCAGGGAGCAGUCCCAUUCUGCUCCCCACCCCGGCUGUGGGUGGUCCUCGUUACCACCUCUUGGCUCACACCACGCUCACCUUGGCAGCAGUGCAGGAUGGGUUCCGCACACACGACCUCACCCUCGCUAGCCAUGAGGAGAACCCCGCCUGGCUUCCCCUCUAUGGUAGCGUGUGUUGCCGCCUGGUGGCUCAGCCUCUCUGCAUGACUCAGCCUACCGCCAGUGGUACCCUCAGGGUGCAGCAAGCUGGGGAGCUGCAGGACUGGGCGCGAGUGCAUGGAGUCCUGAAAGGCACAAGCCUCUUCUGUUACCGGCAACCCGAAGACGCAGACACUGGGGAAGAGCCGUUGUUUACUAUUUCCAUCAACAAGGAGACUCGAGUCCGGGCAGGGGAGCCGGACCAGGCUGCAGGCCGGCCCUUCACCCUGAGCAUCAGUAACCGGUAUGGCGAGGAUGAGGUGACACACACCCUUCAGACAGAGAGCCGAGGAGCCCUGCAUAGCUGGAUGGAGGCUUUGUGGCAGCUUUUCUUUGACAUGAGCCAGUGGAAGCAGUGCUGUGAUGAAAUCAUGAAGAUCGAAACCCCUGCUCCCCGGAAACCACCCCAAGUACUGGCCAAGCAGGGGUCCUUGUACCAUGAGAUGGCUAUUGAGCCGCUGGAUGACAUCGCAGCGGUGACAGACAUCCUGGCCCAGCGGGAGGGCACAAGGCUGGAGACACCCCCACCCUGGCUAGCAAUGUUUACAGAACAGCCUGCCCUGCCUAGCCCCUGCUCACCUGCCUCAGUGGCCCCAGCCCCAGCUCGGACCCACCCCAUGCCCUGGGGGCGACCCCGAACAUUCUCCCUGGAUGCUGUCCCCCCAGACCACUCCCCUGGGGCUUCCCGCUCCGUUGCCCCUCUCCCCCAGCAGCGAUCCCCACGGUCCAGAGGCCUCUUCAGCAAAGGCCCACCCCGCACUUGGCUCCAGUCGCCAGUCUGAGAGAGAAAGGUGCUGGCCGCAGGAUCUGGCCAGAGGAAGAGACAACCUACGAGCAGCUGGGCUCCAGGUGCGGCGAGGGUGGCAGCAGGUUGGCCAGCUUGGCCUCCCCUUCCUCU